AUGAUCAGAAAAAUACACUCAAUAUUUCACCCCAGUUCCCGCAGGAGUAGCCUGACUGAUGGGAUUCCAGUUUAUGAUGGCUGUGAAGUCCGGUUGAUUCGUAGCACCUCUAUGUAUGUUCUUGGAGGUGAGGAGCAGGAAUUCUGUGAGCCCUUGAAAAAAUGCAAAAGCACCACCAGCAUAGACUCAGCUGCUUGCCUCCAACUCAAGGAGGAAGAAAGAGCAUGGAUGUACUCCAAGACCCAAGACUGUUUGCAGUACUUACAAGAUCUGUUAGCUUUGAGGAAAAAAUACAUUGAAAACAUCAAAGAUUUGAAAUCUACGGACAAAGCACAUGAAGUUUCCCCGAUAUCUACAAAAUCUUCCAAGGCAAGAAAAAAGCCUCAAGCCCCAAUUCCUCCCAUACAAUCCUCCAAGAACUCAACAGAGAGGAAAACCUCACCGCUCGCUUCAGACGUAAGGGAGGCAAUUGCCUAUUUUGACUCAGUUAUAGCAGAGUUGGACGCAGAGAGGCAGCGGAAAGUUGUUGUGAGGGAUUAUCGACAUGCAGAUGUUGAUUUUGAUGUGAUCACUAGCUCACGAGAACACAGCUUACAUUCCAACUGGAUUCUUCGUGCCCCUCGGAGAAAGUCCCAAGAUACCGUUCAAGCAUCAAGGAAAGCAAGCCAAUCAAAAAGAAACAGCCAAGAAAGAACAAUCAGCUCCAGAAAGAAAUUGGAAAGAUAUCCUAUUUAUCUGCCUAAAGCUGUGGAGGGAGCAUUCAACACUCUGAAAUUUAAACCCAAAAAUGUGCCCAAAGGAACAGCUCUAGCCUGA